UGCUCUAGGUAUGCUCCAGUCUUCUUAACCUAAAAAUGACUGACCCUCCAGAAAAACGUGACCGGCCAAAACGUUCAUGUAAGUACUUUAUUAAUAUAUUUUAGCCUUAGCUCGUACUGAUAUCAUUAGAUAAGAACUAUGUCUGCAUUUUAAACGAUAAAUUGUGACAAUCGGCUUUUGUUUAAAGUAGCUAUAACAGGUUUAUUUUUGUAGUUUCCUAAAAAUAGGCACUUAGGCGCUAUAGACUAUAAACCCAUAUUUUUAUAGUUCCUUUUUUUAGUCACUUAGGUCGUUAGCUAAAAUGUUUUUCUUUAAAAAAAUAAUAACAGCUGACAAAUAUAUAAUGUAGUUGAUUAUUUAUGUGUUUUUAGGUCAAGGCAAUCAAAACCCUCACUACGAACCAGUCAAUCUAGAUGAUUCUGAGAUUGAGGGCGCGUUAAAUGAUGAUGAUGAAGAAGGGGACUUGUUGAGACACAGAGACCGCUUUUUUGAUGUGAAUGAAGUUAUUGGAAAUUGGAGUGAUGACACCGAUGAAGACCCCACAUACGAGCCUCCCAAUGAGCCGGAUCGUAAGGAAGACACGUCAGAAGAGGAUCCACAACCAGAAGCAAUCCAGCGAAAAGAAGGAAAGAGGAAGAAGGCGCUCACUAAGAAAAAGGGAGAUGGGGCUAAGAAAUCGAGAAAAAACGAAAAAUCAGGACAAGGAUUUUUCACCCCCAUGGAGGACAGGACCAUUCAAUCCGACACCUUUGACGAUUGCUCAACCAGCAUACCUACCUAUCGACAGUGAUGACUGGACAGCUGAACAGUGGGCGGAAUUGUUUCCGAAAGUUCCAUUCGAAGUGAACUUUUCACAGUGA